CCUCGGCUUGCGGCGGCGCCAGCUGACAGCCGCGGAGCUGAGGUCCGGAGCGGUGGUCAGAAUGGCGGAAGAGCAGGAGCUCGCCCGGCUCUGCAAGUUGCCCACGCAGCCCUCCCACCCACACUGCGUCAGCAACACCUACCGGAGCGCCCAGCACUCCCAGGCGCUGCUCCGGGGGCUGCUGGCCCUGCGGGACAGCGGCAUCCUCUUCGAUGUGGUCCUGGUGGUGGAGGGGAAGCAGCUCGAGGCCCACCGCAUCCUGCUGGCUGCCUCCUGCGACUACUUCCGGGGCAUGUUCGCUGGGGGCCUGAAGGAGAUGGAGCAGGAGGAGGUCCUGAUCCACGGCGUGUCCUACAGCGCGAUGCGCCAGAUCCUGCACUUCAUCUACACGGCCGAGCUGGAGCUCAGCCUGAGCAACGUCCAGGAGACGCUGGUCGCUGCCUGCCAGCUCCAGAUCCCGGAGAUCAUUCACUUCUGCUGCGACUUCCUCACGCCCUGGGUGGACGAGGACAACAUCCUCGACGUCUACCGGCUGGCUGAGCUCUUUGACCUGAGCCGCCUGACCGAGCAGCUGGACGCCUACAUCCUCAAGAACUUCGUGGCCUUCUCGCGGACUGACAAGUACCGCCAGCUGCCCCUGGAGAAGGUCUACGCCCUCCUGAGCAGCAACCGCCUGGAGGUGUCCUGCGAGACGGAGGUGUACGAGGGCGCCCUGCUCUACCACUACCCACUGGAGCAGGUGCAGGCCGACCGGCUCCCGCUGCACGAGCCGCCCAAGCUCCUGGAGACCGUGCGCUUCCCCCUCAUGGAGGCCGAGGUCCUGCAGCGGCUGCACGACAAGCUGGAGCCCAGCCCGCUGAGGGACACCGUGGCCGAAGCCCUCAUGUACCACCGGAACGAGAGCCUGCAGCCCAGCCUGCAGGGCCCGCAGACCGAGCUGCGCUCCGACUUCCAGUGCGUGGUGGGCUUCGGGGGCAUCCACUCCACGCCGUCCACCGUCCUCAGCGACCAGGCCAAGUACCUGAACCCGCUGCUGGGGGAGUGGAAGCACUUCACUGCGUCCCUGGCGCCCCGCAUGUCCAACCAGGGCAUCGCGGUGCUCAACAACUUCGUGUACCUGAUCGGAGGGGACAACAACGUGCAGGGCUUCCGCGCGGAGUCCCGCUGCUGGAGGUACGACCCGAGGCACAACCGCUGGUUCCAGAUCCAGCCGCUGCAGCAGGAGCACGCGGACCUGUGCGUGUGCGUUGUGGGCGGCUACAUUUACGCGGUGGCGGGCCGCGACUACCACAACGAUCUGACCGCUGUGGAGCGCUACGACCCCGCCACCAAUUCCUGGGCCUACGUGGCGCCGCUCAAGAGGGAGGUCUACGCCCACGCGGGCGCCGCGCUGGACGGGAAGAUGUACGUCACCUGCGGCCGCCGCGGGGAGGACUACCUGAAGGAGACCCACUGCUACGAGCCGGGCAGCGACACCUGGCACGCGCUGGCCGACGGCCCGGUGCGGCGGGCCUGGCACGGCAUGGCCACGCUGCUGGACAAGCUGUACGUGAUCGGGGGCAGCAACAACGACGCGGGCUACCGCAGAGACGUGCACCAGGUUGCCUGCUACAGCUGCAGAUCCGGGCAGUGGUCGUCCGUCUGCCCGCUCCCGGCCGGGCACGGGGAACCGGGCAUCGCUGUGCUCGACAGCAGGAUCUAUGUGCUGGGCGGCCGCUCACACAACCGAGGCAGCCGCACGGGCUACGUGCACAUCUACGACGCGGGCAAGGACAGCUGGGAGGAGGGGCCGCAGCUGGACAACUCCAUCUCGGGCCUGGCCGCCUGUGUGCUCACCCUGCCGCGGUCCCUGCUGCUCGAGCCGCCCCGGGGGACCCCUGACCGCAGCCAGGCCGACCCGGACUUCGCCUCCGAGGUGAUGAGUGUGUCUGACUGGGAGGAGUUCGACAACUCCAGCGAGGACUAGGGUCCCGGGGCGGGGGAGUGGGAGAUCCGAGGCGUCCCCCACCCUGCCCGUCGGCAGGUAGGCAGGUGUUUUGGGGGCUCGCAGACCUGUGGCAGGAACCCUCUGGGAAGGGCCCGGUCUCCAGACAGCCCCCAGGCCUCUCCUCCUCGGCAGGCGUGGCUGGGCGCCGGCACCACUCUGCCUUAGUCACUGUUGGGCUGAGAGGGCGCCUUCUCCCAAGGGGGUUGGGGACGGGCCCCCGCGGGGGAGCCGGGCUGAGCCCAUCGCCAGCCCAGCAGCUCCUGAGACGGAAGUGGGAGCAGAGAGCCAGCCAGGGGCCCGAGGCUGGUUGUGAUAACAGGGUCUUGCAGCUGGGCCUUCCCGCCCCCGUGUUGUUGAUAAAUGAAAUAAAGCACCUUC